AGGAAAAUGACAGAGCUUCUGCACCACCUCACACGAUGUGGGAAAACAGAUGACAUGUUGUACGGUGUCAUUAUGAACUUCAGUUGGCUGUACACCAUGAUCAAAAUUGGGCAGUUUGACAAAGCCCUCUCUGAUGUGGAGUUGGCCUAUAGCUACUCGCAGGAAAAAGAGCUGAAGUUCCUUGCAACCACGCUCCGUGCGAUAAAAUACAAAGUGAUGAAAUACCCAGGCACUCUCUCAGCUGAAUUGCAACAGAGGCUUCUCCCAGUUGCCAGCUCCUUGCCGAAACUGAGGCAGCUUCUUCUGGAAUGUGACAAAGAUGGCCCCAAAUAUUGCUCCAUUGUUCCAUUGCAUUCCUCUAUGGAUGUGAGUUACAGCCCCGAGAGAUUGCCUUUGUCCUCCAGUUGCACUCAAGUGACAGAAAUCCUGCCCACUUUUAAUCCAAAUACGGUCAUUGUGGCUCUAGAAAACGGCUCCAUCAGUACCUGGGAUGUAGAGACCCGCCAGCUACUGAGGCAAAUUACAACAGCUCAGUCAGUCAUAUUGGGCAUGAAGCUUACAAGUGAUGAAAAAUACCUUGUGGUGGCCACAACAAAGAACACGCUCUUGAUUUAUGACAACCUAAAUUCCUGCCUUCUGUCUGAGGUAGAGAUUAAGGGAUCAAAACACGGUGGGAUUGGUGUAGGUUCUAGUUUUAUAAAUGGAUUUACAUUGUCAGUAAACCAUGCCCUUUCUUGGCUAGAAGCUAGCAAAGAUGUUACCGUGAUUGAUCUACUUUAUGGCUGGCCACUUUAUCAGUUCCAUUGCUGGUAUGAAGUGACUUGUGUCCAGUGUUCCCCAGAUGGAAUGUAUGCUUUCUGCGGACAGUACUUGAAUACUGCAUCUAUAUUCCAUUUAGGUAGCGGGGACAAGCUAGCCACUGUGACCUCUGAGUUUUCCGGUGGCUUUGUCAAGUUCCUUCUUGUCCUAGAUACAGCUCAAGAAAUGGUGAUGGUGGACAGCGAAGGUGGUCUUUCGAUCUGGAACACGGAGGAUGUCGCCAACCCCCAACUAACAGAUGACUUUGAUUGCAAGAGAGGGGACAGUGACUUUGUCAGCUUUGAACUGGCUGAAGAUCAAAGUGCAAUUUUAAUAUGUAAGGCCCUCAAUAUAGAACUUCUUGACACAGCCAUGUGGAAAAUAGUUGAAAAGUUUAGAGCAAAACAUAACGAGCGAUUUGUAUCCGCUGUACUGUCCAAAAAUGGUGACUGUAUUGUUGCUUCCAUUGAAAAUACCUCUGCCAUUUUUGUUUGGAGGAGAGACACGGGGCAGUGCAUGGCCAGUUUACAAGAAAUCUCAGGAAACAUAGUCAGAUUAAUUAAAUCCAACCAUCAUAACAUGCUGCUAUCCUUAUCUACCAGUGGUGUCCUUUCUGUAUGGGAUAUAGAUAUCAUAACUGCUAUGUCCAACAUUGACAAAACAGGCAAGCCAAUCCAAAGAUUGGUCUUGUCUGCCCGGGGUGAAGUGAUUUAUACACUCGAUGGGUCUGAAACUAUACAUAAGUGGAAUUUUGGCACGGGGUUCAUUGAAGCUGUGUUUAAGCAUGAAAGCAUUGUUGAAAACUGCGUGCUGACUUCCACUGGUGAUCUGAUGAUUACGUCUGAUGAUAAAUCCAGUCAGUAUGUAUGGCACACUGGCUCUGGUGAAAAUCUGUUCCGUAUCAACGGACAAAAGAUAUGUCAGCUCUUGAUAACACACAACGAUCAGUUUGUCGUCUCCCUCUGUGAGCAAAAUGCAUCAAGGGUUUGGAGACUGGCAACAGGCCACAGAGUUUGCAAUAUUCUUGUAGCCUUACAGAAUGCAUUUAUAACUACCGCUAACACGUUUGUCGUUGGAAUGACAAAAAAUAAAGUCUUGGCGGUGAGUUUGUGGACAGGGAGUAUAACCAAGAAGUUCUGUUGCGAUGAUGGCAUUGCCAUCGUCGAUAUUAAACUGAUCCCAGAUUGCCCUGAUAUUGUAGUCUUCAUAACAUCUACUGAAACUGUAAACAUCUGGAGUCUCACUGAAGAAGUAAUUUGUAGACGUGUGCAACUGCCCAACACUUUCUUGAAGACUUUGGAAGAUUUUGAAAUAUCACCCAAUGGAAAACUGGGCAUCAUAUCCCGCGGCGAUGAGAAUAUCAACGUACUUGAUCUUCACAGUGGCAAACUUCGCGUUGUCCACGCUUCCGGUAUCAUCUGGAGGCAGAAGCUGUCUCGGGACGGCCGCUACCUUGUAUACAUUUGUUUUCGCACUGGUGAAGAGGAUGAUGAUAAUGGUGCAAUCUCUAUCUUGAUUGUAAUGAGACUAGCAGAUGGCAAAAACAUUGGUGCUUGCUCCCUUUACAAAACACCGACUUUCCUCGCUCUUUCCCAGAGGCAUUUGAACAUCAUUGUAGGCUUUGAUGAUGGAAGCAUAGGCACUUAUACUGUAGUGGAUCGAGUGGAUGCAGCACUGAAAAUUAAAAUUGCUACUUCAAAUAGCCGACAGAUUUUCAGCAAUGCAACACAAGUGAUUAGACCAAAGUGUCACAAUUAUAAUUUCAAGGUGACAGCAGACUGCAUAUGGAGGGAGUCUACAGAGGUGUUUGCAAGAGACAGUCCCAUCACAGUGACAGACCCCGAGGCAGGUGAGGCAACUCCAACCAAAAAACACAACUAUUGCUAUGACAAAGUGUGCUCUGCAAUAGAUUGCAGAAGCCACGGGUUCACCCCUGACAAUUGAUCAUAAAUUAAUAAGAAACUAGUUCAGCAAAUCUCUGCUUAUCCCAUUUAUAUUUUACUACCAACAAAUUGGGAAAGAGCAAAUUUAAAGCAAGUUUAAUUAGUGGCUGCAGAGUUUAGAAAGAAAUAUUCAAAUAUAAGGCUUCCUGCAAUGCCUUGAGUGAAAAUUUCUAGCAAUAUCAUUUAUUAUGCCAACCUAAAAUGUUGGAGGAAGAAAAUGUUGUAAAGCUUUCUAACAAGAAAUGAAACUACAUUUCAUAUUGGAAUGAGGUGGUUCAAAAAAUGUUAAAUCCAGGUGGGCUUAAGCCUAAAUCUCUGGCUACUUCGAAUUACUUUCAUGUGCAAAAAAAAGAAAUAAUUUUAUCCUUCUGGUGGUGCAAAUGACAAUGUCACAUGUCAGUCCGGAUGCAUUCUGUAAGCUUUUGAAGUAGUAGCUAUUUGUAUUGUGGGGGGAAAUGGGGGCAAGCACAAUUCGAUCAGUAAACAGAACUCCAGGGUCUUGCUGAUUUCAUUUGGGUCAAAUGCUUCAUAGGAAUCGCUCCCACUAAAAUCAGUGAUUCUUCACUUUGCUUGGAUUGCACCCAUUGUACAGAAAGAAUAGAGAAGCUGAGCAUUGUGUCCAGUACUAGUAAAACACACAGUAAACCCAUUAAAACUAAUGGACAUAGGUCCAUUAAUUUCAGUGGGUCUG